AUGGCGGGAACUGUCAACUGGGGUACAGCAACAGUGAUUGGAAUGUUUGCUGGCAUGUUAUACGGGGGGAGCAAAGAGGCAUCUGCUUCUGUUGUAAGGAUUAUUGAUGGGCUCGAUGAUGAUCAUGAGAACUUUGUCAUGUAUUGCCAGAGUAAGGAUGCAGAAGUAAUGUUGAAGCUUGGCAGCACACAGGACAAACGUGAGCAGCAUCGACUAAUGAGAGAUGCAAUGGAAAAAAGAUUUAUCCGAGUCACUCGGGGCUCAAUAGUUGGUGGAGUGCGCCUUGGAAUGUUUACUGCUGCAUUUUGCUGUUUGCAGAAUCUGCUUGCUGAAAAACGAGGGGUGCAUGAUGUUUAUAAUGUGGUUGGAGCUGGUUCUGCUACUGCUGCAACAUUUGGUCUAAUUUUGCCAGGGUCAUUCCGUUGGCGUGCAAGGAAUGUGUUAUUGGGCUCGGUUUUGGGUGCAGCAUUUUGCUUCCCUCUUGAAAAUUGUUGACCUUUAAGGAUUUUCUGACAAGCGUCAAACCCCAUUGACGAUUUACAGGUGCUGCUAUUAACCCAUGAAAACUUUCAUCUGAAAUUAUCCUGUUAUUUUUUCAAUGAUCCUUCCAUUAUAUUUUUCUUGGUUCCAGGAAGUAUUAAUACUAUGUUUUACCCUACAAUGUUUGAGAAUAGCAG